CAGGGUGCCAGUCCAUCACAGGGCACAAUCACACACACACUCACACACCCAUUCAUACACUACGGACACUUUAGACACGCCAAUCAGCCUACCAUGCAUGUGUUUGGACUGGGGGAGGAAACCGGAGUACCCGGAGGAAACCCCCGCAGCACGGGGAGAACACGCAAACUCCACACACACAGGAACACGGUGGGACUCGAACCCCGGACACUGGAGGUGUGAGGCGAACGUGCUGACCUCUAAGCCACCGUGCGCCCCUUGUGGAAAGAAUCACGUGUGAAAAUGAAAACGUGCACAACACGUGAUAAAUGAGUAAAGUCAUGUAAUAAUACACACGUAAAACAGGACAAUUUUAACAAUGAGCGCAAAACCAGGCUUUUUCAAGCGAAGCGUCUAGAAAGCAGGUGUGUACGGUAAAUUGUGUCACGUGACCUGAGUAUUAAUUUAUACGAACGGUUGUAUAGGUGAGAUUUAAAUGUUGAUUAUAUCUGUGUGUGAUGUGGUAUAUGAUGAGGGUGUGCACAAGGACACUCCAUGUUACUUCGUUAACGAGGACUUUCACAGGUUUUCCACAUGAAGGUGCUGAAGUGCAAAAAAACAAACAAACAAAAACAAACAUUUUGGCCCUUCUAGCAUCAGUGGCGUAGUCCUAACGAAUAUACUGGUUUACUAUUACCCAUAUACAGCGUUCUCCACUAAUAUUGGCACCCUUGGUGGUAAAUAUGAGGAAAGAAGGCUGUGAAAAUUUGUCUUCAUUGUUUAUGAUCUUUUGUUAAAACAAAAAUUCAUGAAAGUCCUCUGCUGUCAUGGAUAUCAAACAAUUGCAAACACAACACUCGUUUAUCCAAAAAAAAUCUUUGUUAAAUAUCGGUGUGCAACAAUUAUCGGCACCCUUUUAGUCAGUACUUUGUGCUAGCUCCCUUUUCCAAGAUAUCAGCUCUGAGUCUCCUAUAACGCUGAUGAGGUUGGAGAAUACAUGGCGAGGGAUCUGAGAGCGUUCCUCCAUACAGAACCUCUCCAGAUCCUUCACAUUUCAGGUCCACACUGGUGGACUCUCCUCUUCAGUUCACCCCACAGGGUUUCUAUGGGGUUCAGGUCAGGGGACUGGGAUGGUCAGGGCAGGACCUUGAUUUUGUGGUCAGUAAAACAUUUCUGUGUUGAUUUUGAUGAUGUUUUGGAUCAUCGUCCUGCUGGAAGAUCCAACCACGGCCCAUUUGAAUCUUUCUGUCAGAGGCGGUCAGGUUUUCAUUUAAUAUCUGUUGAUGUGUGAUAGAGUCCAUGACAGCAGCAACAGCGGUUGUCAGGAUUCAAAUAAAAAUGCACCAUAUAGGGAAUACGCUAAUAUCGUUCCUUAGAGAUCGUUAUACUUAAACAGCCCUGGGGGAAAACGUAAGCAUACGGGUAUAGGUGCGUAUGGUCCCGAAUACACCACCGGUUAGCCUGCUUCAUAUUGUCAGUGUUGGUAGCGUGGCUAAUAUCGCCCAGAUCUGUUCAGACUCAAGUGAACUUAAGGCUGUGUUAAAGAUGAAAUCAUGGUGUGUAAUGGAAUUUACACUAACCCUGAUUUAUGCUGCAUAUCCCUCUCUCUCUCUCUCUCUCACACACACACACACACACACACACACACACACACACACACACACACACACACACACUGAGAUUGCUGCCUGUUGCAUGGCAGAUGUUGAUCAGUGUGUGAUGAAACGUGACACCUCCACUGACACGUCCAGGUGUGUGGUGGAUCAGCCAGGUGAACAUCAUCCAGAUAAUGAGAAGCAGGUGGGAGCGGGGCCUCAGUGGGUGAGCGCUGGACCGUGCAGUGCCUCACGCUCCCUGUGGCUCUCUCAGAAACACCUAUAAGAGUGACAGGAGUUGCUCAGUGCAUGACGAGACACGGGGCGAGGUAUUUAUUAUACCUCGGUCCAGCGGCACAAGCAGGAAAGACUUCGCAGACGUUUCAAGAUUUUCACAAAUCUGACGACGGACUGAUGUUUGAUGUGCGGUGUCGUGAUCAUCGGUAUCUUCGUGUGAUUAGCGAUGGACUCUGAGCUCCUAGCGCGUGGCCUCCUGUAUCUCUCCCUGGCCGUGGCAGGAAUCCCGGGCAACAUCGCCGUGAUCUACGCCUUCCUGAUGGCACUGCACCACGAGCGGCGUCUCCUCACAGCCGACGCCAUUGUACUGCACCUGGCCCUGGCCAACCUGCUGGUGGUGGGCGUUCGCUGUGUGCUCGAGGUUUUCGCUACCUUCGAAAUCGCCAACGUUUUCGACGACGCCGGUUGCAAGGGCGUCAUUUUCGUGUACAGGACGGCACGUUCGCUUUCCAUCUGGCUCACGUUUGUGCUGAGCGCCUACCAGAGCCUGAGCAUCGCGCCCCCGGGGUCGCGCUGGGCGACCGCCCGGGACCUUUUCGGCCAGUUCCUUUGGCUCAUCUUCUUGGUCGUGUGGAUCAUCAACGUCGCCGUGAGCUCGCCGUCCGUCAUCUUUGCCGUGGGCGCUAAGAACAACUCCAAGCUCCUCCAGAACAGCAUCAACGUGCAGUUCUGCUUCAUCAAUUUCCCCUCGGUGAGCGUCAAGGACGCCAACGGAGCGGUGCAGACCGUCAGGGACGUGGUGCCCAUGGCGCUCAUGACCACCGCCAGCCUCAUCAUCCUCGUCUUCCUCUACAAACACAGCCGGCAGGUCAGAGCUAUCCGAGGCGGAGGUGGCGGCGGCGGUGGAGGAGGAGCGGGGGGUUCUGCCGAACGCAGGGCGGCCGUCACGGUGGUCACGUUGGUGACGCUGUAUGUCAUGUUGUACGGAGUCGACAACGGGCUUUGGGUCUACACCAUCAUGGUGAAACAGACGAUGUCCUCUGCACUCAUCUCAGACCUGCGCAUCUUCUUCUCGUCCCUGUACGCCGCCAUGAGCCCCGUCGUCAUCAUCGUGUCCAAUAAGAAAGUGAACAAACAUCUGAGCUGUGGCAGCGAGGAGAAGACGGCAGGCCGGUCAGCGUAACGCUCGAAACAGCCACGCUGACCCGUCUGCGUGUCAGUGUUAAUGUCCCGAUUACAGCUUUAACAGGCCUGAACUACUGCCAUGCUGUACUCACCUCUAUUACGAAGGGGUGUGUGUGUGUGUGUGUGUGAGAGAGAGAGAACUAAAGUCAAGAAUUUUAAAAGUAUAAUAAAUGUAUAAAGUACAAAGACGACGCAAAUACGUGUGUGUACGUUUAUUACGUGAC